CCCGGCGCCUGCAUCCUCACGCGCUCCCUCCGCCGCGGGACCUGGAUUCGAGGACCCCUCCCCCGAGGCCCGAGUACACCGCGGGCGGCAGCCGGGCCGGGGCCGGCGGCGAGGGAGGGAGAGAGGAGCGAGCGGAGUCGCGUGCGCCGGCGUGCGGCUCCGGGUGCCCUCCCAGCCCCGGCCGGGGCCCGUCGCCGCCACACUCGGACUGUUCGUGGGAGGGGCUGUGCGCCCGCAAUCCGUCGGGGACCGCAGCUGCUCGGUAGGAGUGCAGGGGCCGAGACCGCGGGACGGCCCACGCGGGACAGAGGUCCCUGGAUGAGAAGCAGCUGACAGCAGCUGAGUCCUACCUUCUCUGCGUGCUGGGGAGCAGGGCUGCAUCGCCCAGGUGGCCCAAUGCCGAAGAACAGCAAGGUGACCCAGCGCGAGCACAGCAGUGAGCAUGUCACGGAGUCGGUGGCCGACCUGCUGGCCCUCGAGGAGCCCGUGGACUAUAAGCAGAGUGUCCUGAACGUGGCUGGCGAGGCAGGCAGCAAGCAGAAGGUGGUGGAGGAGGAGCUGGACGCGGAGGACAGGCCAGCCUGGAACAGCAAGCUGCAGUACAUCCUGGCCCAGAUUGGCUUCUCCGUGGGCCUUGGCAACAUCUGGAGGUUCCCCUACCUGUGCCAGAAAAAUGGAGGAGGUGCCUACCUGGUGCCCUACCUGGUGCUGCUGAUCAUCAUUGGGAUCCCGCUCUUCUUCCUGGAGCUGGCUGUGGGCCAGAGGAUCCGCCGCGGCAGCAUCGGCGUGUGGCACUACGUGUGCCCCCGCCUGGGCGGCAUCGGCUUCUCCAGCUGCAUAGUCUGCCUCUUUGUCGGGCUGUACUAUAAUGUGAUCAUCGGGUGGAGCAUCUUCUACUUCUUCAAGUCUUUCCAGUACCCACUGCCCUGGAGUGAGUGCCCUGUCACCAGGAAUGGGACCGUGGCAGUGGUAGAGGCAGAGUGUGAGAAGAGCUCGGCUACUACCUACUUCUGGUACCGAGAGGCCCUGGACAUCUCCAACUCCAUCUCAGAGAGUGGGGGUCUCAACUGGAAGAUGACCCUGUGCCUUCUCGUGGCCUGGAGCAUCGUGGGCAUGGCCGUCGUCAAGGGCAUCCAGUCCUCAGGGAAGGUGAUGUAUUUCAGCUCCCUCUUCCCCUACGUGGUGCUGGCCUGCUUCCUGGUCCGGGGGCUGCUGCUGCGGGGGGCUGUCGAUGGCAUCCUACACAUGUUCACUCCCAAGCUGGACAAGAUGCUGGACCCCCAGGUGUGGCGGGAGGCAGCCACACAGGUCUUCUUCGCCCUGGGGCUGGGCUUCGGGGGUGUCAUUGCCUUCUCCAGCUACAACAAGCAGGACAACAACUGCCACUUUGACGCCGCCCUGGUGUCCUUCAUCAACUUCUUUACCUCGGUGCUGGCCACGCUCGUGGUGUUCGCUGUGCUGGGCUUCAAGGCCAACAUCAUGAACGAGAAGUGUGUGGUCGAGAAUGCUGAGAAGAUCCUAGGGUAUCUUAACUCCGACGUCCUGAGCCGAGCCCUCAUCCCUCCCCAUGUCAACUUCUCCCACCUGACCACCAAGGACUAUGCAGAGAUGUACAAGGUCAUCAAGACGGUGAAGGAGGACCAUUUCUCAGCCCUGGGCCUCGAUCCCUGCCUUCUGGAGGAUGAACUGGACAAGUCCGUGCAGGGCACAGGCCUGGCCUUCAUUGCCUUCACCGAGGCCAUGACGCACUUCCCUGCCUCCCCGUUCUGGUCCGUCAUGUUCUUCCUGAUGCUCAUCAACCUGGGCCUGGGCAGUAUGAUCGGGACCAUGGCGGGCAUCACCACGCCCAUCAUCGACACCUUCAAGGUGCCCAAGGAGGUGUUCACAGUGGGCUGCUGUGUCUUUGCAUUCUUCGUGGGGCUGUUGUUCGUCCAGCGCUCCGGAAACUACUUUGUCACCAUGUUUGAUGACUACUCAGCCACCCUGCCGCUCACUCUCAUCGUCAUCCUUGAGAACGUCGCUGUGGCCUGGAUCUAUGGAACCAAGAAGUUCAUGCAGGAGCUGACGGAGAUGCUGGGCUUCCGGCCCUACCGCUUCUAUUACUACAUGUGGAAGUUCGUGUCUCCACUGUGCAUGGCGGUGCUCACCACGGCCAGCAUUAUCCAGCUGGGGGUCACACCCCCAGGCUACAGUGCCUGGAUCAAGGAGGAGGCUGCCGAGCGCUACCUGUAUUUCCCUACCUGGGCCAUGGCUCUCCUGAUCACGCUCAUCGCCGUGGCCGUCCUGCCCAUCCCUGUGGUGUUCGUCCUGCGGCACUUCCACCUGCUCUCUGACGGCUCCAACACCCUCUCCGUGUCCUACAAGAAGGGCCGCAUGAUGAAGGACAUCUCCAACCUGGAGGAGAAUGACGAGACCCGCUUCAUCCUCAGCAAGGUGCCCAGCGAGGCGCCCUCUCCCAUGCCUACCCACCGCUCCUACCUGGGACCAGGCAGCACGUCACCCCUGGAGACCAGCGGCAACCCCAACGGACGCUAUGGGAGCGGCUACCUCCUGGCCAGCACCCCUGAGUCGGAGCUGUGACCACGGCCCUGCCCUGCCUGCCUCGCUCCCCACACCCAACCAGCCCGCGUGUCCUGGCCUGGCCUCUCCUUCCAGGCCAGGCCCUCCACACCCAAGGGGAGGGGGUCAGCCCUGCCUCAUCCCUCACCCCAAUCCCAGUCGAUUUCUGCUCCCUAGAUCUGAGCGGGGACUUGGAGAAGCUCUGUCCCCCAACCUAGGCCCCCAACGCAGCUAACCUUCUGAGGUCCUCUUACCAGACUACAGCUGAGUACCUGGGACCACCUAGAAGUCCUGAUUCCCAGAACAAGGGAGACUCCAAGUGGCCCCUCUAGGCGUCACUCUACCCUCCCUCUCUCCCUGGCACCUGGCACCUGCAGUUCUUAGGUCUCAGGAUCCCUUAGGUCUGUGCUGCCAGGUAGUGGUGGAGGUGAGAGGCGCAGGGAUGGGUUGGGUGGGGUGUCCCUUCCCAGAGGUGCCCAAUUUAAGGUUGAGGGUGGGACAGAUGUACCAGAACUCAGGGCUCAGACUUUGGGAUGCAGUCUGCAGAAUCCCCAAGUUCUGUUUGAUGAGGCAGUUGGUGACCUCUGGUUUGAGCACAAGCCUUGGCAGCAGGGGUGGUGGGAUGAGGGGGCUCAAGGUGGACCCUCCAAUGUUCUUGGCCCUGCCUGGGGUGGGUGGGGUGUGCUCCCGCAUCCUGCCUGGAGGGCGAUGACUGGUCCCGAACCCUUCCCACCUCUGUUAGGGCUUAGCCUGGCCUCUCCCCCACCCCUACCCUGGAGCCCAGGGUGGUGGCCUCUGCCUCUGUCCUGGAGAGAGGAGGGGUUCCCAGAGCACACCCGAUGGGGUUCACAGCACAGUUCGGGUGGUUUGGAGCACAGUUCUGAAGCACACGCCCUCCCCUCUCGCCCGGGGCCAGACUUUCUUGCUAGCCGCAACUUCUCCCCUGGAACAGGGUCCCUGGAAUUCAGGGGCUCACACCCGGGGAAAGAGAUAACUUCACGGCCCCUUUGGGCCACCGCCACUCUCCUUGUACAAGCACAGCCACCUGGUGUGCAUGUCAUGUGUGGACACCUCGGAAAC